AUGUCGCAGGUCCUCCGGAAUCCGGAGAAGGCUUCCGACCGACAGAAGAAAUGUCGAUUCGAAUUGAUUAUUACCCGGAUCUCCGAAUGGGCGAGUGUCCUUGCGCUCAAAUUUGAGCCAGUUCUGGUGCUGGGCGGAGUCGCUCUUCGUCCUGCCGGAUACGCGGCAUCUACAGUCUGGUAUGGUAAUCAUGCAUCCAUCCGUGGAUUCGCCGUGAUCGACGACAAAGUCCCCAAGGGUACGGUGCAACCGUCAAGUGGCUGCCAUGUCCGCGGAUGA